AUGAAGGGAACACUUCAAACGCUCACAGCCUUGCUCUUCCUUGCGCGAGCGGCGCUGAGCUCGCCACCAAACCUCAACAAUCCCAUCUACAUAAUUUCCAACGCGGAGGUACCCUCCCUCUCCCGUGGAGGCCUUUCCCCCGUUGGACAACGCCGCGCGAACAACUGUUUGCCUAAGCUCUUCCAAAACUUGGAUAUUGGCAAGAUUAUUAUGUGCCCGAAGAACAAGGGAAGCGAUGUAUGCUUUGAAACGCUCCCGACCACACAACCUACAGCAGACGCGCUCGGGUUGCCUAUUGACACCAGCUGUGGUGCAGACGAGAAGACGAGCGACAACUGCGUCCAGAACCUGGUUAAGAACUUUGCCAAGACCAGCACACAAGCAAUCCUCAUCGUUUGGGAUCAAGGCGAAGUCGGUACCCUCCUUGAGGACAAACUCGACCUCAACACAGGCCCGGCAGACGCUAUUGACGGCGUGCACUUUGAUGUGUUCACUGUCGUCCACAAAGGAGUCAUCUCGCAGGUCACCUCGCAGAACUGUACCGGUAUUGAUGGUAUCGCGGCAGGCACGGACGCAAACUCACCUUCCGCCGCUGCUUUGGCGAAAUCAAAGUCGAAGUCGAAAAAGAAAGAGAAGAGGGCGCUGCAUCGACGGUGGUGA